CCGAGCCGGCGCCCUCGCGGGUGUCCGCGCCGAUGAUCCAGAAGUCGCGCCCGGCGCUGCUGCAGCCCCAGGAUGUCGGGGACAGGGUGGAGACGCUCGUGUUGCACCCCGCCAUCAAAGCAUUCCUGUGUGGUGCCAUCAGCGGGACCUGCUCUACCCUCCUUUUCCAGCCUCUGGAUCUCCUCAAAACUCGCCUGCAGACUCUACAGCCCUCGGCCCAUGGAUCCAGACGUGUUGGGAUGUUGGCUCUGCUUCUGAAGGUGGUUCGCACGGAGAGUCUCCUGGGCCUUUGGAAAGGGAUGUCCCCUUCCAUUGUGAGGUGUGUCCCCGGUGUUGGAAUCUACUUUGGCACACUCUACACAUCGAAGCAGUACUUCCUUCGAGGCCAUCCUCCCACUGCCCUGGAGUCCGUCAUGCUGGGGGUGGGCUCUCGCUCAGUGGCAGGGGUCUGCAUGUCCCCCAUCACUGUGAUCAAAACACGUUACGAGAGCGGGAGGUAUGGCUACAAGAGCAUCUACGCGGCGCUGAAGAGCAUCUAUCGCAGUGAGGGCCACCGGGGCCUUUUCAGUGGCUUGACGGCGACACUCCUUCGUGAUGCUCCCUUUUCCGGAAUCUACCUGAUGUUUUACAACCAGACCAAAAACAUUGUGCUCCAUGAUCAGUUGGAUGCAACCCUUAUUCCAAUUGUAAAUUUCAGCUGUGGGAUAUUUGCUGGUAUUCUGGCCUCACUGGUAACUCAACCUGCCGAUGUUAUCAAAACUCACAUGCAGCUCUCACCAGUGAAAUUUCGGUGGAUUGGACAGGCCGUGACACUCAUUUUCAAAGACUAUGGGCUGCGGGGCUUCUUCCAGGGCGGCGUCCCCCGGGCCCUCCGCAGAACACUGAUGGCUGCCAUGGCAUGGACAGUCUAUGAAGAGAUGAUGGCCAAGAUGGGCUUGAAGUCCUGACCCGACAGGGCACUCGGGAAUGAUGGGAUCUAUCGCCCUGCCUGUUCUCUGCCAAGAGCUUCUUCACCUCUCUACCCUGGAGUAAGAUGAAGCCCUACCUGGAGUGCCAGGCAGUUACCUCAUCUUCUGUUAUCCAGUUCGAGUAGAGAAUAGAUGGGUGUGACUCAAGCCUUUGGAAUGUCCCCAAAGAGAAGUCAUGGAAACGUACAGCUUGGUGGGGAGUUAGGAGAAGGGUUUCAUACCCUGCACGGCUACUUGAAAAGGCAUUUGCAGCUGGCAGCUGGUGGGUGACCCCACCCACCUACGCCAAGCCUCCUUGGCUCCCUUCUUAGGCAGGGAAUGUCACAACCAAGGCAGCUGUGAGCUGCCCACUGUGACUGAGAAGCUUCAACUGGAGAGGCUGAGUCUUCCCAGAGAGGAGUCGCUGCCACUAGGCUGAAGUCUGCACCUUAGGCGAUGUUAGGAUGAGGAAGAAUAGAUGGCAUUAUUUAAUUGGUUACUAAUCUACUUCUCAGAUGGUCUGGGAAGUGGGGGACAAUGGCUUCCUGGCCUCUAAAUGUCCAAAUAAACAUUCUUGAUUUUGACCCCUUUUUUGGCUUUAGGUUGUUCUGGCAUUUUUCUGCUUCUAAAGUUCAGAUAAAUAAAGGGAAGCACUUUAUCAUUGAAAGCUGUUUGGAAAACCUAGUGUCUCCAGGGUUCUAAAAUAACAAAAUGGUCAGGGUGGCUGCCUGUCUUUUGACCUAUAUAAGUCUAAAAUUUAAAAGUAGUUUUCAAACAGUUUUGCCUUACAUAUAAAAUUCAUCUACUUCAAAACAUACAUGUCAAUGACUUUUAGUAACUUUACGGUAUGGUACAUCCAUCAGCAUAAAUCAGUUUUAGGACUCAUUCAUCCCCCAGUAAGAGCUCUAUUUUCUUUUUUUAUUGUGAUAUAACUGACAUUAGUAGACACACCAUGAUUUGCUACUUGUGUAUGUUGCAAAAUAAUCAGGAUGAGUCUUAACAUUCAUCAUCACGCACAAAAAUUUUUUUCCUUGUGAUGAGAACUUAUAAGAGUUCUUUGUUUUUUUUUUAAAAGAUUUAUUUAUUUAUUGCAUAGAAGAACUGGGGUGUAGGCCAGAUAUGCAGGGGUGGGAGGAUUUACCAGAGACAGAAUGGGGAGCAGAAUAGAUGGAUUUACUGAAAUACACUGCUAAGGGGAGCAGUGGGUGGGAUGAGAGAAGUCUGCUGCACCAAGUGGGUCAUCUCCUUGGCCUGGAUCAAGUUCAUGGUGCUGUGGCUGAUGAUAGCUUGACAGCACUGAGACUUUAUCUCCUGUGCCACCAGGGAUGCCCUAUAACAGUUCUUUUUUUUUUUUAAGAUUUAUUUAUGCAUGCAAGAACUGGGGUACAAGCCAGACCGGGGCCGGGCAUUGAGAGGAUUCACCAGAGACAGAGUGGGGAACAGAACAGGCAGAUCCACUGAAAUACACUGCUGAGGGGAGCAGUGGGUGAGUCAGGUGAGGUUUGCUGCGCCAUGUGGGUAGCUCCCUGGCCGGUGAUCAAACAUGUGCUACAGUGGCUGUGGAUAGCUUCGUAGGUUGCAUGUUAACCCCUUGCGCCACCAGGGAGGCACCCUAUAAGAGUUCUUAACUUUAAAAUACUCUUAACUUUCAAAUAUAGCAUGUCUCCCAGUAAUGUUUCCUUCAACAUCUUUUGAUGAUAUCACUGAUAUCACUGAAAAGAAACCCAUCCUACAGCAUUAAGGGACCUUCACUCAGUUUCCAAGAACCUCAGCAGACAUUGAGGACAUGCAGUGCAGUGUUAUUAACUGUAGUCAAUGUUACCUCACCACAAAAACCAAGUGGAAGAUUGUGGCAACAAGACUUUACUAGGGUCAACUAACAGGCUAAGGGAUGACUCCCAAAGUAACUUCUCCCUUUCUAAAGGGAGUCUGGAUUUGUAUAAGAUUAUUGGUAUUGAAACAGGUAUUGGGGACAGGGUGGGGUGUUGGGAAUCUUGGUUGCUCAGACACAGUGAGGCUUACAGGACCAGAUCUUUUCCUCUGCUCUGGAUCUGACAAGGGCCACCCUCCCUACCCUACCCUUGGAUGGGAAUUUCACUAUGUAAAUGGAUGUUAAAGAGCCUAAGUUAAUGUUAGGGUCCUUUUUGCCCCUUGGUUGCUUUUAACCAAUUUGGGCUGGAAUGUGCACCUGCCCUUGGCCAACCUGCCCUAAAUAGCUCUCGGGUUUGUCCUGCUAAUGCAAGUUUGCAUUGUAAACUUUCUGGGUAAUGUCGAAUUGUACAUUAUAUUCCCAGUCUUGCUUAUUUUGAACUGUAAGUUGGUAACUUUUGACCUUCACCCACUUGAUUCCGCCCACCCCUCCCCCAACCAUCAACCUCUUUAACAAUUGCAUCAUCAUUUAUAAUUAAUCCCUUUUCAAUCCCAGCCCCAGGUAACCAGUGAUGCCUUUCAUCUAUCAAUUUGCUUUCUCUGUAUUCUUCAUGUAAAUGGAGUCAGGAUAUCGUCUCUUGUGUCUAGCUUAUUUCACUUUCUGUUUCUGAGGUUCUUCCAUGAUGUGGCAUGUUCAAUACCUUUUCAUGGCCAAAAUUCUUUUUUGUAUUCCUUUCGCAUAUUUUUACCCAUUUGUCAGUUGAUGAAUAUUUGAGCUACUUUUCGGCUCUUACGAAUAAUACAACUAUGAACAAUAGUGUUACAGAUGUUCAUGUGAACAUAUAUUUUCAUUUCUCGUGUGUAUGUGCCUGGUGUGGAAUUACUAUAUCACGUGGUAACCCAAUGUUUAACAAUUCCAGAGCCAAAAUUUCUUACAAAGGGUAAGUAAUUUUGAUGUUUUUCCAAAGUGUUUAUACCAUUUCAUAUUCCCACCAACAUGCAAGGGUUCCACGUCCCUCCCCAUCCUUAAUUUUUAUCUUUUAUUCUAGCCACCCUGGUGGGUGUGAUGGAAUCUGGUUGUGCAUUUGAUUUGCAUAUCCCUGAUAACUGUGCUACUGUCCAUUUGCAUAUCUUUGAGAGAACUCUCCAUUAAGUCCUUUGAGUGUUUUUAAAUCUGACCUUGGUUUCUGAUGGAAUCAUUGCAUUAUCCUUUUUUGUGACUUACAUACCCAACAGCAGUGUGUGAAGGUUCUGAUUUCUCCACAUCCUCUUCAACACUGAUUACUGUCUGUUUUAUUUAUUAUAGCCAUUCUAGUGACUUUUUAAAAUAAACUUUCAAACUUAGGAAAGGAUCGUCAGUUUAUUCACACAGAAGGGGGUAUGUUUGGUCUAGUGCUUAGGAACAUGCGCUAUGAUCCAGGCAGCCCAGGAUGAAAGCUUGGCUCUCCACUUAUUUUGACACAUUUAAAGUUGUGCCUGGGAACGAGGAGGGUAAGUUUUCCUGCCUCCUAGAGUGGGGGGGAGGAAUAAGUGAGCAAAGUUUCCUUCUACAUUAUGUCUGUUCCCUAGAGCUGCUGCAACAGAUUACAGCAAACCAGAUGGCUUCCAAGGAGAGAAAUUUAUUCUCUCCCUUUCUGGAGGCUACAAGUCUGAAAUCCAAGGUGUCAGUGGGCUGUACUCUGAAGGCUCUAAGGUGACAUAGUCCCUGUCUCUUCAGCUUCUUGUAGAUACUGAUAGUCUCGCCAUUCAUCGCUCCAUACUCUCCUACCUCUCCACAACGCUUUCUCCCCCAUGUUUCUGUCUGUGUCCAAGUUUUGCCUUCUUUUGGGACACUCGCCAUUAGAUUAGGAUCCAUGCCAAUCCAAUAUGACCUCAACUUAAUUACCUCUCCAAGACCUAUUUCCAAAUAAGGUCACAUUUAUAGAAUCUGGGGGUUAGGACUCCAAUUUAUCUUUCUGAGGUACAUAAGUCAACCCAUAGCACACUAUAUUAAGUUUAAUGGUUUACAUAAAGUAAGUUUAGGCUUUAGGUUAAAAUGCCCUAUUCAAUGGGAGAGGACAAAGUAGGAUCCCAAUCUCACAGUGUCAGCCCAGUCACCAGUGUUUGGGAUGUCGUGAUGCUUGGGGAAAGCCUCCAGCAGUCUGACUGGUGUACUGAGAAACAAUGCAGGGAGUAAGCAGGUUAACACCCACCUGGUUGGUGUCCUUGGGGCCUCAUGUCAUGGAGAACCCUCAGGAUGAGGCCCCUCAGGGAUGAGACUGAUCUGAGGCUUCCAUCCCAUUGCAGAUUUUGCUAGGUUUAUACUAGGCUGAUAAACUUCAGCCACCAGAGUCCUCUCCUGUGUUCCUUAUUUGGUUUUU